AUGGAGUCAUACCUGGCAAACAAUGAUUGUUCCGGUGUUAUUGUUCCAAAACAAACCGCACAACGGUUAUCACAACCAUCUGUUAAUAUUUGCUUUGUAUAUAGUGGUCAAGGGCCGCAAUGGUGGGCUAUGGGACGUGAAUUGUAUUGUACAGAACCAAUAUUUCGUCAAUGGAUCGACAAAAUCGAUGCCGAAUUGAAAUUAGUAUCCGAUGAGUGGACAUUGAUAGAUGAACUAAUUACUAAAGAUGAACAUUCAUCCCGUAUAGCCGAUACAAACAUAGCUCAGCCCGCAAUCUUUGCGAUUCCUGUGGCUCUUACUGCUCUAUGGUUAUCAUGGGGUAUUGUUCCUAGAGUAAUCGUUGGCCAUUCAGUUGGAGAAAUACCAGCUGCCUUUGUUGGUGUAUAUGCGCAUUUUUCUGCUCUGAAUAUGAGCUUAUUUCGGCGAAUGUUCACGCGACAUUCGCCCAUUGGUGAAUGUUGCAAGUAG